GUAGGUAGAUCUCAUGUUAGUUAUUACCAAGUAAACUGCUUGAGCCUUUGACCCAAACUCAGACUUCCCACAUAAAUAUGUUUUUUUGUUUCCAGGGUGAAUCGAAUCUGGGUUAGUUCCUUCCAACAUUUCUCCAAUUCACAACCACCACUAGACCACAGCUGUGUGGACAAAAAUAAAACAUAUCAAUUCCAAAAAAAAAAAAAAAAAAAUUGAAAAAUCAAAACCCUAGCAUAUCUCUCACGCUUUUAUAAAUGGAAAACCCUUUGCUAAAUAACCAAAAAACCUUAGUGUGAUCGGUAAAGCAGUCAGAGACAUGGGGAACGGCUUGAUGAGAAAGAAGAAGAAGAAGAACAAGUACAAGAAGAAGAGACCAAAAGUGUCUAGAAAUCGCGAUUGCGAUUGGUCCAACCUUCCACCCGAUGUUCUGCGCAAGAUUUUCGAAACCUUAAAGAGUCCAAUUGAUUCUCACCGAGCAAAAACCGUUUGCUCGAAUUGGUAUUCAGUUUGGAAAACAUGCGCGAACAAGCCUCCAUGUCCAUGGCGAUUCAUACACCAAGGUGAUUCUCCCACCGUAGGAAAAAUCACAAGAAAACUCUCAGGACUCUCAAAAACAACCUAUUGUAUGGCUAGCUCCGGAAACUGUCUCCUGAUGGUUGAUCGUCGUCUCAAAUUCUCUAUUUUGAACAUUUUGACAGGAGGAAGGAUCAAUCUUCCAUCAAUGGAGUUACAUAUACGUGGAAGACAAGUAACCUUCAAACCUGAAAGAGAAUGGUCCGAUGAUUCUGGAUGCUUCUUCGGGUCUUAUCGUAAUGAUAAUGUCUCGUAUGAAUUUGAUUCUGUCGAAUGGAAAAACUCGGUAGCUGUUCUAUGGAUAAACGAGACAACAGGGGAUUAUGUCGUUGCUUGGACAUUCAUACAGCAUUACUUGUUCUCAUACAAGAAAGGAGAUUCUUCUUGGUGUAAUCUAAAUCACAAUGGGAAAAGGUUGGUUUCGUUUGAUAUGGCUUGUGAGAACAAUAAGCUUUAUCUUUACGCAGCUAAUCAUCACAUAAGGAUUUUUGAUUUCUCUGGAGUUUUUCCCAUAGAAAAGAAAACCGAAAACCCGUAUUCGAAAUAUCCGUUUAACGCGGUUGAGGAACCGUGCGAAUACGUUUGGAAGAGGAAAAUAGCGAUUCAGAAAUCAUCAGGUGAGGUUUUGAUCAUCUUGAGCCUUAAACAAGUGUUUUGUGAAGAAGAGAAACUUUUGUUUUACAUCUUUAAGAUGAAUCUUGAGAGUUGCAAGUGGGAAAGAGUUUAUUCUAUUGGAGAUGAGAUGUUGGUUUUUGGUCAAGGUGUUACAAUAGCUACUGCUCUUAAAGAUCUUGGUCAUGGAAUCAAGAGUGAUUCAGUCUCUUUUAUCGACACAGACGUCUGGCCAGAUCAUCAAGAUCAUGAUCAUCGUGUUUCGAGUUGCGGUGUCUUCCAUAUUACUACAAGUAAGAUCGAAUGGCCUAAGAAAAUCUAUUGUUCCAUAAAUGAAACUCAGUGGUAUGUUCGGGGAUUUGCUUAUUAGGUACUGCUCAUUUAUGUAAUAUCAUAAGACUCUUUUUAUUUAUUUCUUGUUUAGUGUUAUUCAACAUUCCUAACU